AUGCCCAGUUUAAUUCUGCCUUUAGUCUCCACUGGUAAUGUACCCCAGCUUUGUGUUGAUCUGCUAUUGCAUUCCGUUUCUGAUGAAUUUGAGUUUCUAGCAAAUGUCGAUUCGACCUAUCUGCAUCCAUUUGUAGGUCCGUUGGACCACUUGGCUGGCCAAGAUAGUCCUGUCCUGUACGCCAAGACACCGAGCAAGAAGUACACCACUCCGAUGGAGUUGUUCGCCACUCGUGAUAAAGAGGUAUACGUCCUGCAACAGAGAACUCCUGUGAUCGAGGGUUAUUUGAAUAACUUCGUCAAGACAGUGCUAGUACCCUUGGUGAUGAAACUGGAGAUCGAUGAGAUUGUCAUUUUGGACUCAUUUGGGUCUCUAGAUGAGGACUUAGCUGUCCCAUCUUCAAUUUCGACCCGUUGCGGUAACCCAUUGUCGGUCGGAACCAUUAAUGUGUCGUCAAUCAGUGACAUGUCCAAUAUCUUUGAAUCAAAUCUGCAUCUGGAUACAGACACAAUGCAACAUGUCUCUAAGUCACUGUAUAACUUUGCAGAGGAUAGUUUACAAAGAGAAGUCUCCACAAGCCAACAAAUUUUCAAAUACACUUAUCAUCUAUUGAAUUCUCAAAUCACCUCUCUGAAGGAAAUCAAAUAUUGUAGUUUAUUUGUGCACGAAGGUGAUAAUUCGUACGAUGCACAGACGCUUUGCCAAAAGUUACCAGAGAUUGUCCCCAACCUACCAGUUAUAUCAUCAUUCAAGCCUCCAAUAUCCUGGACCGGUGUCUAUGGUUUCAAUCCAGCACCAACUGCAUUCGAUGAAGGGUUAUAUAUGUGA